AUGUCUGGCAUACUGAACAGAGCAAUCAAUGUGUACGCCAUCCCACAAGACCUCCUUGACUCGCUCGCAGUCCGGUCCAUCGAAGCCGAUCCCAUCACACAAGAAGAGCCACUCCCUGCCCCCGCCCCGCCACAGCCUCUCGGCACUGGAAUAUUCUGCCAGACCUGUCCUCACGCCGAGUUUGAGACUGUAGAAGAUCAGAGGGCCCAUUUCAAGAGCGAUUGGCAUAGGUAUAAUGCCAAGGUGAAGCUAAAGGGAGGUGGAAAGGUAGUGGGCUUUGAAGAAUGGGGUAACCUCGUGGAAGGUGUGAGCUCUAUCUCAGGAAGUGCUUCCUCCACAUCCGGAUCGGAACAAUCCAAGGUCGCUCGACUGCUGAACAAGCACACCCUUCAUCCCUCUGAGGACGGUUCUUCUGAAGCCGCCGAACUCGCUGAUCGUCAACGACGAGCCCAUCUUCGAACAGCCAUCAUCUGGUUUUCCCCUACUUCCCCCCUCCCAUCCCUCUCCAUCCCCAAAGAUACCCAAUUUGGUAUUCACCGGGCAUUGUUCCCGCCUUAUGACAAAGCGGGUGAUUAUCUGGAAGAGCUCAAGAGGAUGCAGCUUGGUUCGGAAAUGAGCAAUGCGGUAGAGGAGGAGCAAGAGGGGGAGAGAAGGAUCGUUUUGUUGAUGGUAGCUGGAGGACACUUUGCGGGGAUGGUAGUUGGCUUGCGCCCGAGGGGCAAGACGGAGAAGCAAGAGGUCAAGGGGGCAGGCGAUGUGCGUGUUAUCAAGCACAAGACAUUCCACCGAUACACCACCCGAAAGAAGCAAGGUGGUUCGCAAGCCCUCAACGACAAUGCCAAGUCCAAGGCCGUUUCUGCGGGUGCCAUGCUUCGUCGUUACGGCGAGACCGCUCUUCAAGAGGAGAUCCGCGCCCUGAUGAUUGACUGGGCAGAGGAUCUUGAGGCAUCUGAACGAAUCUUCAUCCGCGCGAGUACCCAUGGCAAGAAGAGCUUCUGGGGCUACGAAGGUGCUGUGUUGGACAAGGGAGAUGAGCGAAUCAGGACUUUCCCGUUCCCAACGAGAAGGCCGACAUUGCAGGAGCUCUUGAGGUGCUGGCACGAGUUGACGAGGGUCAGGGUCUCGCAUCUGAGCGAAGGGGCGUUGAAGGAGCUGGACGAUGCAUACAUCGCCUCGCUCCAGCCCAAGACACAGACGAAAGCCAAGCCUCAGGCUUUGCCAGAGAAGAAGGCUGAGCCCACGACGCCAAAGUUGACGGAAGAGGAAGAAGCCAGGGUGGACAGGGUCAAGAGGCUGGAAGAGAUGGUGAAGAAGGGGCGGAUCAAUGCUCUUAGGGCAUUUUGGGAGAAGCACUCUACCGAAUUCUUGUCCCUCUCACCACCCGGCGCCCCGGUAUUGGAGGCGGAUGCCCAAUCCGCAUUCACCCAGUCCUCCCUCCUCACCCUCGCCUCAUCUGCUGGGCAGAACGAGGUCCUCACCUACCUGCUCUCCGAUCUUCACUUCAACCCCACCAUCCCCUCUCCCUCAGACCCCACUAAACGCCCCUACGACCUCUCUGCCACCAAGGCCACUCGAGACAUCUAUCGCCGAGUGGCGUAUGACGAUCCCGAGCUGUGGGAUUGGAAACUUGCCCGCGUGCCCGAAGGGCUGAGUGAGGAGCAAGAGGCGGAGCAAAAGGAGAAGAAGGCGGGCAGGAGAAAGGGGUUGAAGGACAAGUUGAAGGAGAGGGAGAAGACUAGACAAGAAACGGUAGCGAAGGAAGAAAAGGAAGAAGAGGAGAGGAGGCUAAAGAAGGAAAAGGAAGAGAGGGAGAAGCCGACGAGGAUGGGCGCCAAGGGACCGCAGAAGCUGGGGAGUGCGGGCACUGGCAGUGAAGGGUUGGCGGGGUUGAGCCCAGAGAUGAGGCAGCAGAUUGAGAGGGAACGGCGUGCACGAGCCGCCGAGGCGCGUUUUGGCAGAUGA